CGUUGCGCUUGCGAAUGUGAACCUAUAAAUACAAUUUGAAAAGUAAAUAAAGGAAUUAUACAAUAAUAUAGUGGUACUCCCUUGAGAUCGGCGUGUAAGAGGACAUCUUGAUAUUGCACAACAAAACAAAACCCAACAACAAAACCCUGUUGUAAAACGGUACCUAUUAUCAAAUGCACUAAACGUAUACCACGAAUAUAUAGCUCAAAUCCACUAUGGACGUGGAUUUACUAAGGCCUGGCACAGUGCCGAUAUCUCCAGAUACAAUUCUAUGGUUCGAGUUCUUACUGGAUCCUAAUCUUCUGAAACAGCAUCUCAGUAAACCAAACCCAGAACCGUCACCAUGUGAGCUGAUAGACGAGUUUCUGUCUGUUGACCUCAUGAAUGAUAAUUCGAAACCAGCUAGUGAGCGUGUUGUGGAUGUGGAUGCCCCACCGAGUCCACCUUCGGCUGCUGCACCCAGUCCUCUAAAGUUUACCCGCAAACAACUAGCGCUUAAGAUACUAGCUCUCAAAGUUGCUUCCACACUCAAUUGGAAUCUGGAUAUAUUUGAAACUAAGAUGCCUCCAGAAAUCCAAACCCUGUUGAUGCAAGAUCUGGUUUACAUGGCCACUGAUGGAGCAUUUGCAGCUCCACCACCAGAAAUGCCACCAGAAUUAAUGCAGAAACCGCAAGUUCAGUUUGCAAUGGCCCUCUAUCACAGAUGGAUACUUAGGUUUCCAGUUAAGGCAGCGCUGUAUGCCAAGUCCAACAAAAUGCCCUUUAUCAUAAUGCCUGGAAUGCAACCAGAUGGUGCCUACAGUCCACUGAAUCACAACUUCGAAAAAAUAUUAAGAAUGGCAGAGGCCACUAGACCACAAAGCAUUCGAUUCUUAGAAGAAAUUUUAGCUAUGUAUGAACCUACGCCCAGUGCUGGUCGCCGGGAAUCCAGGAAGAUUAAAGUACCAGUUAUGGAUACUUUCGCCCACCUCACUGAAGAUACAACUGAUAUGAAUCAUGACUGGAAUGCUGGCGACAAACUCAUCAGCCAGUAUGAAUUUGCCAUGCAAAUUCACUUUGACUUGUGUUACAACUAUUUCUUCUAUGGGCAACAUGACUUAGCCAUAAAAAAUAUAUUGGGUUGUCGCGAGAAUUGUGAUCUUUUAGAAAAAGAAGUCAAUUCAUAUGGCUAUGGAACUUACAAAGAAAUGCCUUGGGGAAACUUUUACUACGCAAGUAUGGACAAAGAUGACAUACUAGGCUAUAUAAGAGCUCUAAACUUAGGUUCCGAAGUUUUAAAUGAAGAGCCGUCGCUUUUACAAAAACUUCAAGAGUCUAUUGCCAAUCAUUAUACUGGUCUUGUAGCUGUGUUGCAGGCAGACAAUUUAAUUCGAGAGAUACCAAUGAUACACAGACAGGUUGUUGAACUGGACAUCCAGGGAUCUGCUUCCAGUGGAGCAUUUACUGUGGCAAGAGACCUUCUAAACAGAGUUUCGGCGCUGAAUGCCGUCAGAUACGCGUUGGAAGGUGGUCUGCCAUCCACACACCCAGAUUUCCUCAACAAGUUCAAAAUAGUUGGAAUAAAGUUCUUUGAUCUCCUAUUCUGGGCGUUAGCGCCAGUUCUAAUGUCGGACUUGUCUGAAAAAGAUUGGGAGCAUUUAAGGAUGUUCUUUCUUCACUUAGCAACAUCACAGUGCAGACUUCCGAUGGACAGAAUUGACGAAUACUUGAAAAAGUAUGUUGGUGAAGCUGCUGAGAGUAUAAGAAGAAAACUGAUUACUGACGAACAAUUAAAUACUAUCUUAAACGAUCCUAUUCACAGUAAUGAUGAAGACAUGGACAUUCCAAGAGAAUUGCUGACUGAUGAAUGGGAGUCGCCGGGCUUUGACUUAAAGACUGUUCCUGAGCUAGAGAUGGGAAGAUUGAAGAAGUGUCUUAUUGAAGCGUCAACAGCUGACGACGUGCGCAUGUGCUUAGUGAAGCUGGCAAUGAUGUCGCCGUCGUCGCCUCUGUGGAAGUUGAAUCCAUCGUGGAAGCCAGCUGGGGGACUGGCGAAUGCUCUAAUAUCGUUGCCUAGAGGGUUUCUGCAAGAUUUUGGAUAUGUGGUAUCUGGGGCGUCUCGGUCCCGCGCUGAGGCUGGUUGUGCGCGGGCCGCGUUGUCUCUACUGUCAGUGUUAGAAGGCGAGGCUCGCAGUCAACUGGGCGGCGGGUCAGACCCGGCUCUGUACCGCCUCUGUCGUCUGUUGUCGUGGGAAGUGCUGCUGCUGCAAGUGAACGUGGUGCUCAGUGAGUGGCCGCACCACCGCAUCAAUCUGACCGCUUUGGCAAAUAAGUGCAAAGUAUGCAUCGCGGCCGCCACUUCUGGAGACGCUGUCGUUCCUCGCCCACAGGUAGUAGAAGCAUGUUGGAUUUGCCUGGUGAACGCGUGUGAGUGGGAGAUGACGAUGCCUCCGGGCCCGCUGGGCGAAGCUCCGGCCGCCCUCUGUGCUGCUUGCUUCGAACUUCAGCGCGGGAAGGGCGCUAGGAAAUUCCCCAGAGUACUUUGGGACUAUGCCUUAUCAGUAUUCGCAAUCGGCACGACAGCGCCGGUGAAGCGAAACGCGGGCGGCAUGGCGACCCACGGCCGCGACGCGUCCACCGCCGCCGCCGAGGCCCGCUCCAACUUCCACUCCUUCCUCGCUGCCCUACGUGAACCAGUAGCCGUCAGCGUGAUGUUCUCUCUCCUCGCCAAGAUAUACAACAUCCUCAUCGACGACACUUCGCUAGAACUAGUCGUCGAAUACACAAAUCUGUGGCCUCAAACCAUUUCUAAUUUGAGCUCGUACAACUCGAAGUACGUUAUAGAAUUUCUCACCGAUAUGCUGGAGAGGAGUCUGAAGUUGUACCCGUAUAACACGUCUUGGCUCCGCCUAUACGGCGACGUGGAGAUGGCGUGCGGGCGCUACGGCGCGGCGCUGCGGCGCUACCUGUGCGCGCUGGCGGCGGGCUCGUGGCACUUCGCCAAGCGCGCGCCCGACGAAGGCAGCGUGGCGCGCCGCGCCGCGCGCUGCUGCCAGGCGCUGGGCGCGCCCACGCAGGCCGCCGCGCUGUGCCAGCUGCCCGACGAGCCCGACUACACCGCCGCCUUCAAGUGCCUCGCCGAGAAGACUGGCAACGCAGCGGACGCGAUGGACGCAUACUACGGGUGCCUGUGGGACGGCACGCUGCUGGAGGUGGCGGUGGCGCUGCACGCGCGGCGCGGGGAGGGCGGCCGCCGCGCCCGCGCCGUCAAGGCGGCCGGCGCGCUCGAGCUCAACGCCAACAACAGCGAGGACAUACAGAGAGAGGCGGCCGCCACCAGGCGCGCCCGCCUGCUGCGAGGACUCACCAACUUGUAUGUCGCCUAGACAAUACGCUAGUUUCCAACUAGUCAAAUCAGUUACUUUUACCAAACGUCAAUACUUUGAAACAGCACUGUGACGUUAUAAAAAACUUACUGUCACGUUUUUCUUGAUUAAAAUUCAUAAAUAAGUUAAAUAGAAAAAAGAAAAUGUUUACGUCAGUCUAGAUCUGUCUUUAUUUAGUAAUCAGAAUUUAUCUUUGCCCUAGGGUACUACCCAAUAGUUAUAGAGCAGUAAAUCUAUGCUCCGCAUAUACAAUUUCGAAUAUUUGCAGAGUAUUUGCACUCUACAAGUUAACAGAUACUCUUAGGUGUUUGUGAUUUUGUGUGAUACAAUGACUUAAUAUUGAUGAACAAGAUUGUAAUGAGUGUAUGAAACUCACGCAGUAUUUAUAACCAGCUGUCACGGGAAGAAUACAGCAAGAUAAGACAAUAGUGAUAAAGUGAGUAUAACUGAGUUUAUGCAACUGCUUCUUUAUAGUUACGAGAAAAAGUGUGUAUAAAAUAUUUUGUAAUUAAAACUAUUUCUUUAAGUAUCCAAAAA